UUUCGAACACCCUCUCUCUUUCUCUCUCUCAAAAACACACAACCACAUACACACACUUGGCUCGUGCGACCUGCAAUCCAAGUCCCGACCAUGAAGGAGGUGAUGAAGGUCCGCACGUGCGAGCCCGACUCGCCGUCGCCAGGCCUCGCCAAGCACAAGGAAUCGCAGAUGAUAUCGAAUUUCAAACCGAAGAUCCGCAUUAUACACAUAUUCGCGCCGGAGAUUAUAAAGACGGACGUGUCGAAUUUCCGGGAACUCGUCCAAAAGCUCACCGGGAAGCCGACUGGAAGAAAAGAGGGAAAGAAGAAGGUGAAGAAGGCUACGAGCGUUUCGAGCGAUGAUGCGUUGGAGAAUGCAUGUUGUAGGGCGGCCGAAGCAGCUGAGUUUCGUAACGGUUUUUUGAAUUCGAGGUUGGAUGAGAGAGUUAAAGAAGAGGAAGAGGAUAUAUGGGGAGAGGCAAAUUCGAGCUUUUUAGGUGGGUUGGGAGAUUUUGAUGGUUUCAUUCAAGGGCUUACUGAUUUUCCUUUACUUCCAAUCAAUUCUUCUCGUUUGGGUGUGUUUGGAGAGACUCAUGUUUCGUAGUAAAUUAUGGUUUCAAUGGAUAUUUGUGCUUUUGUUUU